AUGCUCAACAAGCAGAUGAAGCGGCUGCUGCGGGGCAAGCACACCGCCUACAGCGCGUCGGCGGUCGCAGGCGCCCGGUCGGGGAAGGUGAAGCCACCGGAGCUCUCUACGUGGUGCAAGGAAUCGUGGGAGUCCAUCACCCCCGAGACGGUGAAGACUUGCUUCAAGAUCUGCGGUCUCACGCUCGCGCUCGACGGCAGCGAAGACCACGCCUGGUGCGAGCACAACUUCGGGGAAGACUACCCCGACCUUCUCGAGGAGCAGCACGCCGUGUGGCUCGCUGAGCACCCCGACGUGACUCCCCCGCCGCUCAAGCUGCCGAAGGUACCAGGGGGGUUUGACUCCAACUCCAUCACGGCUGCUCAGAAGGAGGUCGAGGGGAAGUUGCUGCCCUACGUCGCUGAUGAGAGCGACAGCGAGGUGGAGGUCUUGGAGGGCGACAGCGACGUGGAAGUCGUGGAGGGGCAGGGGGGCGGGGGCACCGAAGGAGAAGUAGUCGAACUUUGGAUCAUAGUUCUUUGUGAUUGCCAGUGAGAUUGGAUGUUUUUGCGAUGGUAGGGGCGCGGGCACGAAGUAGAGUUCAACCCGCCUGGGAAGUACAGUAGUAUGAAAUUGGUAGCUCGUAGUUGUAGUUUGGUGUGAUUUUUUACUUCGUUUUUGGUUUCAUCCGCGUUUAGAAUUGUUGAGUGGAUGCCGUUUGCCGAUUUGCCGAUGUUGAUUCUUCAGAACGAAAAGAAG